AACUUCCUUCUGAGAAACUCUCCCCUUUCUGCAGCUUGCAGGACCUGAGUAUAACACGUUUCCUGAGACUUCCCCCUCUGGUCACUAGUUUCCCAAUGCAGUCAUAGGUGAUUCCUGUUUUGGCUUCUUACAAGCAGUCUCAGGAUGGCCUCCUGCUGCUGGAUCUGUGGGGUUUCUGUGUAAGCCCCCAGCUCCUGCUAUUUCUCUCACUGCUGGCUCUGGGAAGCUACAGUAAUCUUGAUCCCCUUCUUGUAAGGAGAGAUAAAAACCAGUGAUCCCCUCCCAAUCCUAAAAAAGGAAAGAGGCAACAGCUGUGAACCCUUGUUUGCUGGGAAUCUGAUGGGUGUAUCAUACUGAACUUUUCAGCUUGUUUCAAAGGGAAAAGAAUAUUUGAAUAGAAGACUGAUCCAAAAAGUGUACUCCCCUGAUAUAAGUAUGUUGCUUUUGUGCUGAACGAUGCCUCAGCCAGUAUAUGCUGGAGCUGACAUGUGGAACUUUGUUGGAGACUCAAGUAGGCUAGAGAAUCAAGUAAUUAAACUCAGUCUCUCCGAAUCUGGCAUAAGGAUUUCUUCUUCACAGCUCCCCACAAGAAAGAGACUACCUCUGAGAAGUACUUGUUUCCAGUACCUGCUGCACCUCCUGAACAAUGAUUUUCUCAGCUUUUUAAAUUAUAAGACUGGACUAAUCAUCUUCAUUCUUUGCUGCAUCAAUGCAUAUCUUCCAAAAACAGAAGCCCAAAGUAUUACUCCAGAUCUGCUGAGAUAUUUUAUAGAUGAUUUAAAUGAGAUUAAACGACUUGAUUGCAUUGAUACCAGUUUAUAUACUGCAAGCACAAGUGAAUAUGGUGGAUGUGAAGAAUCAGUGAUGAAUUGCUUUUUUUCAGAGAUGGAGGUGGUUAGGCAUGAAAGUAAAAUCAAGCAAUGUACAAACAAUGAGAGCGUGAAUACUCUGCUGCGCAAUGCAAAGCCAUACAAGCUUCCUCUUUUUCAGAAUGCAAGCCAUGUAAUGAAAGCAAACUGCAAACAAUGUGAACAAUAUGAAGAAAGAAAUUUUACGGAAUUUGUAGAGAAUUUUAAAAUCCUAGUACAACAUUUGUUCAGAAACAUGUCAUGAGGAUUGUGCUUAGGAGCAACUCAAAACCUCACCUGCUCCUUCAAGCAAUAUAAUCAAGAAAGAAUGUAGCUAGAUUGGCUGGCUAUUCUAAGAGCCUUGUUAUGAGAGAGCGGCAGAAAAACAAAUGGAGACAAGAAUGUGAACUAUGGACUGUUAUUUGUGUAAUGCAGAAGAUCAGGCUAAUCAAUCACAAUGGUUCUUAUGGUUUUACAAUCUAAGAAAUUUGUAUGAGGGGUAGAGCCUCACUACCAGCUCCAGCAGCUACAGAGCAAAAUCAGAUUGUUCAUAAUCAAAUGAUAACAGCUAACAGUACUGAAACUGUGAAAAAAAUUAUUGACCAUUAGCCCAAUCAGCUGAAAAUUGUUUUUUUCAGGGUAGAUUUGUUUAGCAACAGAAAUUAAUGACUGGAGUGAAGUAUGUUUUCAUUUAGACAUGAAGUUCUGUUUCGCAGAAGGAAAACAAACAACAAAGAUAGUUACCUCACACCAAAAUCCCUGUAUUUACAACUCCAUUGAACCAUGGACCCCAAAGACCCUGUACCUUUGUUUCUUCUCAGGGUCAUACUCACCACUUCUCCUCCUUGCCUUUUGCUCUAACCUUCAAUAGGCUGAAUCCUAGUCUUCACAUUUUGUAUUGGCAAUCAAGAAAACACUUGAGCCUACUUAGCACAAAUAUGACAUGCCAUAUACAUACCUCAAGUGUCAGUUCAGCCUUUUAUUCCAUCCCAGUUGUUGGGAUUUGAGUUCUUCUUUGGGUGAGCUUGAAAUUGCAUAUUUGGUACAGUCAUUGACUUUAAGAAAGUCUGACUAUUUUUGUGAGGCCAUGCUGCAGUUCCUUUUUAUUAUGCUACCUUUAUGCAAAUCAUAGUCCGUUUAAAACUGGAGGAAUGGAAUGGAGAAUCAGGCCCAGUUUGUCUAGUGUCAAAAUUAGUUGCUAUGUCUUUUUAGCAAUGGACUGUGCAUCUAACAAACAUGUGCAUGGUAUUCUAUCUUCAUAAGAUUGGGUUUUGGCUUUUAGUUGCUUUGCCCAGGUGGUAAAUGUGUCAUUAAUUUUAUCUGACCUGAAUUUAUUAUACUUUUGCAAUAAAGAAAAUCCCUUUCUUUAGAUAACGGACUAUGUCUUCAAUUAACAUAUGACUAGACAACUGUUAAAUAUCAUGGAUACAUUAGUAUUAAUAGUGCUGUCUCUGAAUAACUCACAUGGACAAAAUCCACCCUGGGAUUGAUCUUUAUUAGAUCAAAAGAAGGAAAGAAAAUGCACAUAAUAGUCCAUGUAUAAGGAUCCCAACAAAUAAAUUUAUUCUGUGAUUGUUGACCAUUUCGACAAAUGUGUAUAUCCAGCAGAUGGAAAAAUAAAAGGAUCUUAUGAUGA